AAUGUAGGUUUCUAUUGGUUCUCUGUCAAAUGAGGACAACUUUUUAAUUUUAGACUGUCCAGCAGUUCAGGUUAGUUUUUUUUGGUCACACCAGCCAAUUUUCCCCAUCGCUUUGGCUCUUUGUUCAAGUAGUUUCUCCCUCCCCGUAUCCCUGCACAGCCUUCCUCCACUUGCCAGCCAUAUAGCUCUCUGCUGAAGCAUCUCUGCCCUGGCAUUUUUACACCUUUACUGUUCUGUGCUGUUACUGUACUUUGCAAGGCGGGUGCAUGCUGGCUGUGAUAUUACCCUACUCCCAUCACCCAUCCGUGGCCUGCCCUGCUACUUUUUAUAGCUUGGCCUGGCUGUCACCACAUCCAUGAUGCCAGUGUCCUUACUGUUUAGCUCUAUGCGGCUGCACACUUCCAUGUUUCUAUCCCUGUUCUUAUCCCUGUCCUACCACUCCUGCCUGUAACUUUAAGGCUUGGUUACUUCUGUUUGUCCCCUCCCCUGAUCCCUCCAUUUUGAGAUAUGGCUGAAUGGAGAUGUAGCAUCACUCUAGGUUGGCUUCAGCUGUUAUGUAGGAAUGUCGGCUAUUUUUUGUCAACUCUGGCCAUACAAAAUUCAUAUUGCUUUUACUUUGUUGAUUAGCUCACCCCUUUUUAUUUUUCUAAUUGAUGUAACAUGUUAUUGAUUUCCAUUUAGAAGUCUGAAAUGAGCAUGAAUUAUUUGUUGUCUGAGGUCAACUUUCUUCCUUGCCUUUCAGUCAGUCUACAGUUGAGGCCAAAAGUUUUGAGAAUGACACAAAUAUUAAUUUCCACAAAGUGUGCUGCUUUAGUGUUUUUAGAUAUUUUUGUCAGAUAUUACUAUGGAAUACUGAAGUAUAAUUACAAGCAUUUCACAAGUGUCAAAGGCUUUGAUUAACAAUUACAUGAAGUUGAUGCAAAGAGUCAAUAUUUGCAGUGUUGACCCUUUUUCCAGACCUCUGCAAUCCGCCCUGGCAUGCUGUUAAUUAACUUCUGGGCCACAUCCUGACUGAUGGCAGCCCAUUAUUGCAUAAUCAAUGCUUGGAGUUUGUCAGAAUUUGUGGGUUUUUGUUUGUCCACCUGCCUCUUGAGGAUUGACCACAAGUUCUCAAUGGGAUUAAGGUCUGGGGAGUUUCCUGGCCAUGGACCCUAAAUAUUGAUGUUUUGUUCCACAAGCCACUUAGUUAUCACUUUUGCCUUAUGACAAGGUACUACAUCAUGCUGGAAAAGGCAUUGUUCUUCACCAAACUGUUCCUGGAUGGUUGGGAGAAGUUGCUCUCGGAGGAUGUGUUGGUACCAUUCUUUAUUCAUGGCUGUGUUCUUAGGCAAAAUUGUGAGUGAGCCCCCUCCCUUGGUUGAGAAGCAACCCCACACAUGAAUGGUCUCAGGAUGCUUUACUGUUGGCAUGACACAGGACUGAUGGUAGUGCUCUCACCUUGUCUUCUCCGGACAAGCUUUUUUCCGGAUGCCCCAACCAAUCGGAAAGGAGAUUCAUCAGAGAAAAUGACUACCCCAGUCCUCACCAGUCCAAUCCCUGUACCUUUUGCAGAAUAUCAGUCUGUCCCUGGUGUUUUUCCUGGAGAGGUGGCUUCUUUGCUGCCCUUCUUGACACCAGGCCAUCCUCAAAGUCUUCACCUCACUGUGCAUACAGAUGCACUCACCUGCCUGCUGACAUUCCUAAGCAAGCUCUGUACUGGUGGUGCCCCGAUCCUGCAGCUGAAUCAACUUUAGGAGACGGUCCUGGCGCUUUCUGGACUUUCUUGGGCACCCUGAAGCCUUCUUCGCAACAAUUGAACCGCUCUCCUUGAAGUUCUUGAUGAUCCGAUAAAUGGUUGAUUUAGGUGCAAUCUUACUGGCAGCAAUAUCCUUGCCUGUGAAGCCCUUUUUGUGCAAAGCAAUGAUGAUGGCACAUGUUUCCUUCCAGGUAACCACGGUUGACAGAGGAAGAACAAUGAUUCCAAGCACCAGCCUCCUUUUGAAGCUUCCAGUCUGUUAUUCAAACUCAAUCAGCAUGACAGAGUGAUCUCUAGCCUUGUCCUUGUCAACACUCACACCUGUGUUAAUGAGAGAAUCACUGACAUGAUGUCAGCUGGUCCUUUUGUGACAGGGCUGAAAUGCAGUGGAAAUGUUUUUUGGGGGAUUCAGUUCAUUUGCAUGGUAACAAGGGACUUUGCAAUUCAUCUGACCACUCUUCAUAACAUUCUGGAGUAACUGCAAAUUGCCAUCAUACAAACUGAGGCAGCAGAAUAUGUGAAAAUUAAUAUUUGUGGAAUUCUCAGAACUUUUGGCCAUGACUGUAUAUGGGAAAACAUUUUGUAAAAGGAAAUCCAAAUUGGAUCUAAUGCCAAGCCAUUUAAGGGAGGUCAUUUCAAGUAGUGCAGUUCACAAGAGAGUCUGUUUUUCCGUUUUAAGUAGGUAAUUGCAGUGGGAGUCUUUUUAUAGGUGAACACCCAUUAGAGAGGGAAAGGACCUUAUGUUACUUUUGCCCAUAAUUUCAUUCAGUUCAUCUUUAGGAAUGUUUGUUCAGUUCAGACCUUACUACCCCAGCCACUCCUUCUCCUGCUUCCCACCCAUGCUAAAGGGUCCGAGUUUGCUUGUGCCAACUUAGCUUCUGCAUGAGUUUAAAGUGGAAAUGCAUUUUAUUUUACAAGCUCCAAAAUGACACUCAGCCUGUACAUUGAACAGCACCUGAUCAAUAUCGGCAUCCACACACCUCAGCAAUAUAUUGACAAGUGAACAUACUCCACAAAGCCUUUGAAAUUUUCUUCCUUUCUUUGUUUCAAUAAUAUUCAGCAAAUGCACAAAGUGAAUUGCUUUUUUAUUGAUUGGAUGCAAGUUGUUUUGCUAUUAAUGAACUUAACUUGCAUUUUAGCUGGGCCCCACAGGCGUCGUGGUGGGUUGUGGUACUGUGUCUGUCUAUCAGUAGUGAAGACAUUUAGUCCCAAGGGCUCUUAACCCAUCAAAAUUCACCCAAGGUGUUGAGUAGGAAGUUCCCUCUGAAGCAGGGAGUGUCUGCAUAUAAAAUGGUCUGCAGUUCUCUGCUUCAUAGAUGCCACCACCGUCUCCUCUUCUAUGACCAUGGGAGGCCCUCGCAGUGCUUUUCCCACCUCUUCCAGCUUCAUCGUGCACUCCACUACUUCAGCCACCGACCAGACCUCUGCUCACACCAGCAUCGCUGCUCCAGACGAAGGUGUAAGUAGCAGAGCGGUGGCGGAGAUGCUUGGCGCUGAGGGCGGGACUGGCAACAGUGGGAGUGCUGGUGGCGGAAGGGCUGGCGGCGAGAAAGGAGGAGGGGCCGGAUCCCUAGGUGGAGGAGGAAGAGGGGGGGCAUCCCAGGAGGCCCAGCAGCACCACCAGAUGACCCCCUCCAAGCGGCGCACGGUGCUGAACAUCUCGCCUCCGCCCGAGGACCUGUUUGACGACAGCCGCAUGUCCUGCCAGGAGGAUCAGCUCCAGGACUCCGAGCAGAGCAACAGCAUCUGGAUGGAUGACUCCGCCUCCAACUUCAGCAUCGUCAGCUCCAGCUCCUACAACGACAACACAGAGGUGCCCCGGAAGUCGCGCAAGCGCACCCCCCGCCAGCGACCCGGGCCCAAGCCUGCCUCGGCUGAGGAGGCCAGCAUGGACGUGUUUGAUGCAGACAGUGCCAAAGGGCCUCACUUUGUGCUCUCACAGCUGGGCUCAGACAGCAAGACCUGUACCAAAGGAAGUUCGGCAGAUGGCUCCCAAACAACCCAUCAGAAAUGUGGGACCCUAGCGAGCCAGUUCCCUCAGAAGAGUGAGUGCAAGGAGCUGAAGAUCCUGGUCCAGCCUGAGACCCAGCACAGAGCCCGCUACCUGACUGAGGGCAGCAGGGGGUCAGUGAAGGACCGCACUCAGCAGGGCUUCCCUACCCUAAAGCUGGAGGGUGUGAAUGAGGCAGUGGUGCUGCAGGUGUUUGUGGGUAAUGAUGCUGGGCGUGUGAAGCCACAUGGGUUCUACCAGGCCUGCAGGGUGACGGGGCGCAACACCACAGCCUGCAAGGAGGUGGACAUCGAGGGCACCACUGUCAUUGAAGUGUCCCUGGACCCCAGCAAUAAUAUGACCCUGGCGGUGGACUGCGUGGGGAUCCUGAAGCUGCGUAACGCUGAUGUGGAAGCUCGUAUCGGGGUGGCCGGCUCCAAAAAGAAGAGCACACGUGCCAGGCUGGUGUUUCGGGUCAACAUCUCCAGGCCGGACGGCUCGGUGCUCACGUUACAGACACCGUCGUCCCCCAUCCUGUGCACCCAGCCUGCAGGGGUGCCUGAGAUUCUGAAGAAGUCCCUCCACAGUUGCUCAGUGAGGGGGGGUGAGGAGGUCUUCAUCAUUGGGAAGAACUUCCUCAAGGAUACCAAAGUCAUAUUCCAGGAAAAUGUAUCAGAUGAGAAGUGUUGGAAGGCAGAGGCUGAAAUUGACAUGGAGCUGUUUCACCAGAAUCACUUGAUUGUGAAGGUUCCUCCUUACCAGAACCCAGCCAUCGCGUCUGCAGUGUGUGUGGGAAUCUACGUGGUGACCAAUGCUGGCCGAUCCCAUGACGUGCAGCCUUUUACAUACACUCCAGAACCAGUGGACAUAUCUGUGAAGAAAGAAGUUCCAUCUCCAGGCAAGCCCUGCUCUUUUGAUCAACGGAUGAAAGUAAUUGAUGGUGCCUUGAUGCCCCCAAUGUUGCCUCUUGUGAAGAGAGAAGAGGUCACUCCAAUGGAGGUCUCCAGCAACCUCCCUUCUGCUGGCGUGUUCAAGCGGACCCCCGAUGUCAUGUGUUCGGCCCAGCAGACGCUGGAUAUGAGUUCCAACCUUCCCCCCAACAACAGCCCGUUCUCCAACUCCUUGCCGCGGCCUGCCAAGGACCCUGCCGAAUCCCAAACAGCAGUCUUCAACAGUGCAGACGCCCUGAGCACCAUACAGAAGCAGGACAUCGCUCUCACCAACUCCUUCCCCGUGCCUGCGCCUGCAGACUCUCUACUCCAACCUGGGCCUCAGCAGUUCCUCCUGGAGCCCAGAGAGAGAGGUCAGGACAGGGCUGGCAACAAUGCUGGGGCGGUAGGGAGGCUCAGUCAACAAGUGGAGGCCCCUCAACCUGCCCCCCAGCAGCACCAGCUGCCCAUAUUCCCCCCAGACGAUGUGGCCCAACUGGAACAAGCAGUGAGACAACUGCAGGCAAAAGGGUACUGCAGCCAGCAGCAACAGCGACAACAGCAACAGAUUCAACAACAACAAAUUCAGCAACAACAGCAACUACAGCAACAGCAACUACAGCAACAACAACAGGUUCAGCAGCAACAGGUUCAGCAGCAACAGGUUCAGCAGCAACAGGUUCAGCAGCAACAGAUUCAGCAGCAACAGAUUCAGCAGCAACAAAUUCAGCAGCAACAAAUUCAACACCAACAACAGCAACAGCAUGUGUUGGAGAACCUGCGGCAGGAGCUGUUUAAAUCACAGAUGCCAAUGCAGUGUGGUAUAUUUCAGGGCGGUUCUCUAGGUGAGAACGCUGAACAGCAGGGUUCCCAGCAGGGCAUGGUGCAGAACCAUGGUUCCCUCUUUCAGCAGGCCCAACAGCAGCAGAGGCAACAACAGAAACAGCAGCAGCAAGCAGCACUCUUUCAGCAAGCAAAUGAGCUCCUCUCCAUUCAGACCAACUUCCUCCAUCAGACGCCUUCUCAUCCCUCUCCACCCCUCUUCCAUAACCCCAGCCCCCUGGCUGAGGCACAGGACCCACAGGGGGCGCUGUUCCACACUCAGAAGGCCUCUCCCAUCCAGGAGCAGGUCCAGGCAACCCUCUUCCAGAACACCCUGACAGUGUUGAGUAGGACCAGCCUCUCCCCAGAGCAGCCCCCCUCUGCCACCAACCUGUUCCUCCCCCAGAGUGCCCUGCCUGUUCAGCUCUCCGCUAGCGGCAGCCAGCAGCAGCAGCUGGCCUUCCUCAGUGCCCUGCAGACCUCUGCCCCUGAGCCCCAGUCAGUGUUCCAGGCUCAGACCCAGCUUUCUCCUAUCCAGCAGGGGACCCCCAUGGAGCAGCAGCAGCCCUCCCAGCCUCAGCCACCUCAGCAGAACUCUAUGUUUCAGAACAUCUCCCCUCAUCCACCUGCAAACACUCUCUCUCAGACCCAGCAGCAGCAGGCUGGCCUACUGUUCUGCAGCAAACACCUCUCCACUCCAGAGCAGCCCCCCAGUUUGCUGUUCAGUGGCCAGGGCCAGAUGCCCCCCAUGAGCAGCAGCAGCCUGAACUCUCAGGAGCCCCAAAACCCCUCCAUGCUGUUCUCUCAGGCCAGCAUGGUGACUGUUAGCCAACAGGAAUCCUCUGAGCCCAUGGCCUUCCAGGACCAGAGCCAGGUGGUGGGGAACCCCUCAGAGCCUCGCCAUCACGGCCUGUUCCAAGAGCAGCAGCCCAUGCAGUUGAUCACCAGCUCCAACAACGGCCCAGAGCAGCCCGUCUCUCUCUUCAUGCCCCAAUCCAACAUGUCUGCCCUGCAGGGUUGCAUGGCUGCCCGGGAACUCCCGCAGACAGGCAUCUUCAGCACUCAGAAUGGGGUGGCAGGCCUGCAGACCACCACCUCCUCCCCCGUACAGCAGCCAGGGUCUCUGUUCCAGACAGCAGUCAGUGGGAGCCUCAACCAGCCCAGCGAGGCCCAGCAGCCAGGCCUCUUCCUCUUUGGGAUUCAGAAUGAGUGUGGCCAGCUGAUAACCUCUCCUGGAACCACUCUGUCUGAUCAGAUCAUUGCCAUCAGUCAGUCUGGUCAGAACCAGAGAGAGAGCGAAGCCCAGAUCCAGUCGCUGCUCAACCAGUCCAUGUCUGAGUCAGGGAGCAUGCAGAACAGCAUGACCGCCUCCCAGAACAUGGAGAAGAUAGAUGACCUGCUUGUCAGCCUGCAGGAGCAGGGCAACAACCUCACUCGCUCCUACUAGGCCUGCUAUAGGUUUCAGGAGCCCAGAAGACCCCCAGUGUGGACCCCCAUUCAUUACAGAUGGCAGAAGACCCCAGUGUGGACUCCCAUUACAGAUGGCAGAAGACCCCGGUGUGGACCCCCAUUACAGACGGCAUAAGAAUGAAAACAAACUCAAUGGUGGGCUCCUGUCCUAACUCCAAGUUACAUGUAAGCCUCAGCUGCCUUUUUCUCCAAGGACAGUCUUCAUGUGUAGAUGCUCCACACAUGAAGUCCUCCACUGCAUCUAAACCUGGACCUCAAAAUAGGACAUAGGUUGUAGUUACCCCACAACUGUCAUUGUAUCUCGCAGCUAGUCGCCUCCAGCUCUUAAUGAAACAUGACACUAUGUAAUGUUUGGCUAACUCAUCAGUUCUCAGAGCAGCACUUUGCGGUGUGGUUUUAUAAGGAUGGUGGUGGAAGCUAGCACAGCAUUCUGUCUUCUCCAGGACCAGAGUGUGGGCUCACAAUUGUUUAUAACGCAUUGUUGUCCUUUUUAUACGAUAUUAAAAGUAUUUUAGGAAAUAGCAAAAGAAAAUAUACAAUUCAUGAAAAAUAAACCUUUGUAAUAUAUUUUGACUUUAGUUCUUUCAGCACUUUACGAUGCUUUCCUUUUGUGGCCAGUUACUCAUUAAGUUGGCCAAUGCAUUCGCUAGUCAGCUAUUUAGUCAGUACAUCUCGACAACUUUAUUACUCAUGCAUGUGUUUUGAAUUAUGGCUUUAGUUUUUUAUUGUUCCUUUCAUGAAAUACCAGUUUCUUAUUGGCAGCCAUCUUCCCAUUACCCAUUCAUGAGAAUAACUCCAAAUAUUUCAGUAUUACACCAUGGAUUUCUUUCCCUGAUUAGACUCUGUAGUACGAGAGAUGCUCUAGAUUAGGGUCAAUGUGGAUCAAGAGAAAAAAAUCAUCCAGCCUUUAAAUUAUUAAUUUCCAGUCUACAUAAUUAAAUAGGCCUACAUUUUUAAUAAAUCAGAACCAUAUAUGUGUACUAUAUACCAGUGUGCAUGGUUGUCUGAUGUAAUUAAAGAGUAUAUUGUUAUUUGUAUCAUUCUAUCGCAAAUGUAGAUAAUGUGUUGUUUUGUAAUGAUGUCUCCAUGGAAGAUGUUUGUAUUAGCUCACGUCUGGCACGCACAAACUGGACUUUUAUCCAUAGAUCAGAGAGGAGUUUUCCGUAUGUUUGUCUUACUGUAAAAUACCAACUCUCUUGCCUACAGUGGGUCACCCCAGGACCUGAGUCAAGGCCUCAAGUCACAGCCUCCUUUUUCCUCUUCAUGAAUGGCCAGUUUUAUGGCUCAUAUUGAUUGGUGUGUUCAUAUUUGUCAUUUGAGACUCGCCAUGUUUUGACAGGAAGAAAGUGGUGAAAGUGACUGGAGCAGUUAUCUGUUUUGCCUUGAGCAUGAAUGGUUGUUUGUAGUUGGAUUAUUAGUGUCAGGCGUGAUAUACAGAUGUAUGAUCUUAAUUUGAUCACUCUUUUUUUGCGGAGAAUUUUCCUGCACUGGAAGAAAAACUUUUUUAUUAUUAUUUGUAUUUUAUAAUUUUUGUAUAUAUUUUUGUUAUACUUUGUACCCCGAGUUUCAUGAUAUCCAAUUGGCAGUUAGUCUUGUACCAUCGCUGCAACUCUGCAACUGCAACACGACUCUGCCAAGCCGCUCUGCUUCUUGACGCACAGCUCGCUUGUGUGUCAAAUUUCGACUUUGAAAUUUCAGACUUGAUUUACCCUAAUGAAAAAUGUAUCAACCUCUACAAAAAUGUCCAUUAAUUAUAAUCCACAGAAUAAUUCACAUUUCCUUUUGCUGCAGGAUUAUUUUUCUGCUAUAGCAAACUGGCUCAGAUUAAGACCCUACACCUGUACUGCUGCCAAACUGGUUUGUGCUUUUAUUCUUUACAUGUGAGUAUUGGGCUGAAGUGGAGCCAACGGUAAGAUUGUGUCUUGUUUUUUGUCUGAAUCUGAAUAUACACAUGAACAAGGGGCUGGUCUCUGAUGACAACAAUAACAGCUUCGUUGAGUGCCUCCAUCUUUCUCUCUUAGUGUUGUAUUUUAUUGUGUGUUCUGAACAUCAUUACCUUUUUUAACUUUAAAAACAAGCAGAGAGUGGAGAGUAUUUAAAUUAUUUUUAGUAAUGUGAUUGGUGGGGCCCCAUAUUCCCCAUCCCAGAGCUUGAGCUGUGUUCUUUUAGAUAUUUAAAGGGACCCUACUCAUGAAUAAUGAACCUUUAAGUUGCUUUGGAGAAAAGAGCUGUCUGUGAUUGGCCUUCUUCAACUCUUGUGAAAUACUAGUAGUUUUGUUUCCAGUAGUCGUGAGUAUUUGUGAAUUCUUAUCAUAUUUACAAAUAUUUUAUCAUAUCUUUUUUACUGGUGUAGUUCUAAUACAUCUUUUCAGAAAUCAUAUCUAAUUUAUUUGGUAUUUCUUGUUUUAGAUAUUGUCUAAAUUGUGUCCCACAAUCAUAUUUGUGCUACAAAUUACUUGAUGUACAAGUUUGGUUCUGAUUUAACUCCGUAAUUGUAUUAAUAUUAGUUAUGUGGAUUUGGCCCUUCCCCACCUGUUGAAACUGUAGUUGGCUGUGGUCUUGUGUGACAUAUCUGUCAGUGAAGCUUUUCUUCUCCUUGUAGAUGUGAGGACAGGGAUACAACUUUAUGAUUGAGGGAGUUAAAAUGUAACAUGUACACUGAGUCACAUGUACAUUCCUGUGCAUUGUUUUCUUCCCUUUGAUAGAUUUCUGUUCAUAUGCCAGGUUGAGAUCAAUUGUACAGUAUGUUUGUCCAAAGCUGAUAGUUUAAGUCAAACCCUUGUGACAUCAUCCAUGAAACAUUUAACCUGUACUGUCACAUCUACAACUUAUUUCACCUCUUGAAUAAGGAAAGAGCAGGAAGUUAUUGGACAACUAUGCCAGUUAUAAAGCCAUACAGACAGUUUAAAACAGCAUCUAUUAAAUAUUUGUUAAUAGGGUUUACAAAAAACUCCAAACGCAGAAUGUGUUUGUUACCUCAACCCGAGCAGGUUGCUAAUCAGGCCACCUUACUCAACAUUGGACCAAUUUCAAUGAUAAAGUACAUUCUUUAUAUAUAGUAUACAUACAAUAUUUUGUUAGCAACAUGUUAAUGUUUUGUGUUAUGAAUACACAAUAAGAUUAUUGUUAUUUUCAAGCAUAAGGAUAUUGAGGAAAGAAAUACCUAUUUUCAAAUGUAACCCAUGAAUAUCCCAUGUAGUAUGGGCUUUGACAAAAUAGGAGGCCUAUUUGUCAAGUAGGCUACAUGUUUUACAUUGAUGACGACAUGAGUCUUUGUAAUUGAGUGGCGCUAUACUUUAUUGUGCCGGUAAAGGUUUAAUUUAUUGAAGACCUAAAAAUGUACGACUUUUCCUACUCAACCAAUGACGACAGAAAUGCAGGGGUCACCUUGAAAGUUCAUCUAUAUUUUUACCAUAUUUGCACCCAGACUAACCAAUGAUUUAUGACAUCACAGUGUACAGCAAAUAUAUUUUAGAAGUAUUGCUCAGUACAUUGGAUGAUAUACUUGUGCCUUGACAAACUUUUAUAGUAGAGACCAGAUUUCUUGUACCAGUGUUGCCUGAUUUAUUCACCGCUGUGACACUUGUCAGUGGUUAUUAGCCCUUGAUAACUAGUAUCUUGCAAGCCAUACGACUUCAUACGACUUCUAAUGCCGUACAGAGAUGAGUGACCAGAUAAAUGUAUAGUGUUGUGCAAUUUGUGGUGCAUCUGAUUUAUUUUCACGAAAAUAUGAAUUGCAUUUGUUUAACGUCGUUGCAAUUGAAGUUUUGUCUCAAACUGCUAUGCAGCUUGAUUCAAUAUAAAUGUAUAUCUGUUACUUUUUUAAUAUAUAUUUUAUCUAUCUAGCCUCUCUUGAUUGUUCAUUGCAAAGGGGAAACUAUAACGAAAUAUUGUAAUUAUGUGAAUUACUUAUGUAACUUUUUGAAAUAGUAUUGAUACUGUGUGCCACCGGGAUUUGUUUUUAUUUUUAUGUUUGGGCUUGUGUCAGUCAAGACCAACACAAAUUUCACCUAAUUCAAACAAACUUGUCAUUCAGAAUUUUCAUCAUGGGUGUUUUGUUUUUAUUGUAAAUGUAAUCUGUUAGUCUGUUCACACACUGUUCUGUUUGUGUCCCCUUAACCUGUCUGGCUUUGGUUUGAUGUGAAAGUCUGCUUUAUUUCCAUUAGGUUUUUUUCUGGUGAUCAGUAAUGAACCUGUUUAUAGCAUUGACAGGUUAUAGGUAUGGGGAGUGCAUAUCACCUAUGUGUUUUUAGCUACCGUGUGAACAACUGUUAAAUAUUACCUUUAAAAAAAUGAAUCUAUAUAAAAAUGUAUUUUUGCUUUUGUUGGGGCAUUUGUAUACUCUUGCAAUUAUAUUUAUGUAAACCUGCUGGUAUCUAUAUUAAUAAAGAUAGAUGAUACGUU